AUGGACCUGAGCAGCCUUGAAAGGGGAGCCUGGAGAAUGCCUACAAACGCAGGCUCACCAGGAAAAGAAGGGGCCUUGAAUGCCAACUUGAUUGAACUGGUGAACAAUUUGGCCACUGGAAAAACUGUGAACAAUCAGAGUGGAUCCACAGACAAAUCCACUAACUUGGGAAUGUGUGGAAGGCUGAGGUCCAAGGCCAUUUUUCUUGGCUAUAAGUGGGGUCUCUGGAACCAGGAGGAGCACACAGCUCUUCUUAAAACUGAAGGUGUUUAUGCUGGAGAUGAAACUGAAUUCUAUCUAGGCAAGAGAUGUGCUUAUGUGUACAAGGCAAAGAACAACACAGUGACUCUUGGUGACAAACCAAACAAAACCAGAGUAACCUGGGGAAAGGUAACUCGUGCUCAUGGAAACAGUGGCAUUGUUUAUGUCAAAUUCCAAAGCAACCUUCUUGCUAAGGCCAUUAUACACAGAAUCCGUGUAACGCUGUACCCCUCAAGGAUUUAA